ACACCCACUAUAUAAUACUAGUGAGUAGUGUAUCAUACUUUGCUAAUAACAUCAAACACAACAAUGGCAGGCAUCAUCAAGCCAGAAGAUGUUGUGACCGUAGAUGUAAAUGUUGCUAAAGAUCUCCUUGCCUCCGGUAGCCGUUAUUUGGACGUGAGGACUGCAGAGGAAUAUAACAAUGGUCACGUUGACAAUGCAGUGAGUGUCCCUUACAUGUUCAUGACACAACAAGGGAGGGUGAAGAAUCCUGAUUUCCUACCGCAGGUUUCUUUGGUUUGCAAGAGAGAAGAGCGCCUAGUUGUUGGUUGCAACAUCGGAGGUAGGGCAAUGAAAGCUUGUGUUGAUCUUCUUAACGAUGGGUACCAGCAAGUUACCAGGAUGGGAGGAGGUUACACGGCAUGGGCAGAGAGUCGACAAGAGACAAACAAGUAAACAGCAAUCCAAAGAUGAAUUCACAUAUUUGGGUUUAUUGUGAAAUUAUUGCACCAAGUGCUUCUUAAUUUAGCCAUGAAUAUGUACUCCAAUCAAUGUUCACGUAUUUAAUUUGUUGCAUGUUCUGCAA